AAUUCAUCGAUUACGUAACUCUUAUCUUCCUGCUGAGGGAAACAACCGUUUGGGCGAAAAUCCUUUAAGCUUCUCGGUAAUUUUAUACCCGUAUGAUAUAUUUUAGGAGCUGCACAUUUCCUCCUUUAUUACAGUUUAGUUUAGUUUGCUGUCACUGUCAGUAACCGGUUUGUUGUGAACUCGGAAGCUGUUGGUUUUUUUCCCUCUUUUCUGAAAAUCUCCACCAAGAAGAUGUCUUCCUGUACAUGCAGACGUGCUGCUAAAAGACUCUUCAGUUCAGCCCACAGAGGGUUUUUAGGCUUGCACGUAAAGUUUUAUGCUCUCAGAAGUCCAGUGACUCAUGAAGCCCAUCUACCUUCUGCACUGCAUGUCAGAUUAUUCUCAGAGAGUGCUGUGUGUUUUGCCUCAAAGCAGAACACUCCAAAAGAUGGCUCUGGUGAUAUGGGAAAGAAGAGUGCAGCAGACACAGUGGUGAAGAGAUCUGUAGGUUCUGGUGGAUCAGGAAAAGGAGGAAGUCGUCUACGUUGCCCCAGAUGUGGAGACAUAUGCACAUAUGUGGAGACGGUUGCGUCGUUCACUCGUUUUGUGAGAUGUGAAAAAUGUCAUCAUUUCUUUGUGGUGCUUUCUGAAAUCGACUCUAACAGUCGUCUACCUAAAGAGGCAGAAUCUGCUGCUGAAGCUGUUAAUUUGGCAUUUGCUCAGAAACCUCCACCACCCCCUAAAAAGGUCUAUUCCUAUCUCGAUAAGUAUGUUGUUGGCCAGUCAUAUGCGAAGAAAGUGCUGUCGGUUGCAGUAUAUAACCACUACAAAAGGAUCAACAGCAACCUUCCAGCAUCGGGUGGGCAGCAGCUGGGGACAGAGCAGCAGAUCUCGGUCACUCCCCAGGAGCUAGAGAACAGAAGGCGGGAUGAAGAAUACAGAUUUGCAAAGCUGAUUCAGCUCACUGGGAUCAGGCCACAUGGCAGUGUUCUUGGUGAAUCUGUACAACAAAGUGCAGCGGAGAAAAGGGGUGGCCACAUGCUGAACUCCACACACACUUCCAUCAAACUGGAGAAGAGUAAUAUUGUGCUGCUCGGCCCUACUGGAUCAGGUAAAACACUUUUAGCACAGACUCUGGCUAAGUGUUUGGAUGUUCCCUUUGCCAUCUGUGACUGUACAACACUGACCCAGGCCGGCUACAUAGGUGAGGAUAUUGAGUCAAUCAUUGCCAAGCUGCUGCAAGAUGCCAACUACUCUGUGGAGAAAGCUCAGCAAGGAAUAGUGUUUCUGGAUGAGGUGGAUAAGAUUGGUAGUGUUCCAGGAAUACAUCAGCUCAGAGAUGUAGGAGGAGAAGGUGUCCAGCAGGGUUUGUUGAAGCUCCUUGAAGGCACCAUUAUUAACGUUCCAGAAAAGAACAGCAGGAAGUUGCGAGGUGAAACUGUGCAGAUUGACACAACCAACAUCCUGUUUGUGGCAUCAGGAGCCUUCAACGGGCUGGACCGGAUCAUUAGCCGGAGGAAGAAUGAGAAAUACCUUGGAUUUGGCUCACCCUCUAACUUGGGGAAGGGACGGCGUGCUGCAGCAGCCGCUGAUCUGGCCAAUAGCUCAGGCAGUGAGCUGGAUGCGGAGGUUGAGAUGAAGGAGAAGGAUCAGCUCUUGAGACAUGUAGAGGCACGAGACCUCAUAGAGUUUGGCAUGAUUCCUGAGUUUGUAGGGCGUUUGCCCAUAAUAGUGCCAUUGCACAGCCUGGACGAGCAAACACUAGUGCGCAUUCUCACAAAGCCACGGAAUGCUGUUUUACCUCAGUACAAGGCCCUCUUCAGCAUGGAUAAGUGUGAGCUGAAUGUGACUCCAGAUGCACUCAGGGCCAUUGCCAGACUGGCUCUCGAGAGGAAGACUGGAGCCAGAGGCCUCCGAACCAUCAUGGAGAGGCUACUGUUAGAGCCAAUGUUUGAGGUGCCGCAGUCAAAUAUUGUGUCUGUGGAACUGAAUAAGGAUGUGAUUUUGGGCAAGAGUGGACCACGCUAUAUCAGAGCUUCAACUAAAGACACCACAGAGGAGGAGUAUGACAGUGGGAUUGAAGAAGAGAACUGGCAGAGACGGGCAGAUGUAGCCAACAACUAAUAAUACAGCUGUGAAGUACAUAAAGAUCUCUAUGGACUCUGUAUUAGUAACUCUCAAAGUAAUAGAAGCAACGUUCUCCUGCUGAGCUCUAAACAGGACUCCAGCUUAAACCUAAUUUUGAACAAGGAAGAGCUAAAUUGACCUCUCUCUGGUCCCACAUCCUCUGUAUGAAUUUACAGAAAAGGAUUAUACGCAAUCCAACAGGCCUUAAUUACAGUUUAUGUGUAUAGCUAACAAUUUUAUGUAUCUAAAAGGAAUUUUUUCUUUAUUUUUUUUAUGGGUUUUGGUAAAUGUGUGAAAUAUUGUCUCAUCUGGGAGCACAUAGUUUAAGGCAUAAAGCAGUAUAUAUUUAAUUUUAGUAUUUUUGUUUUAUACACCAACCAACAUGUCCUUUAUUUAGUAAGAGUAUUUCAGCUUUGCAUAAUGGCAGGGCUGGUUUCUCUACCUCUUUUUUUAAAUAGUAACAAAUGUGAUGCUGCUCUAUACUGGUAGCUUGAAUCAUUUUAGACUGCCUAUAAUUUAAUCAAGCAAACUGCUUUGAGGACUGUGAAUUUAAAACAUUGCACACGAACAGCACAAGUGCCUGUUGUCAAAGGUAUUCAUCUUAGCAGAUGCACUGCUUUGUAUAACACUUGAAGCACUCUUUAAAGUGAAAUCCCACUUUAGGAUUAAUUGGAUAAUUAAUCAAAUCCAAGUCCUACUGAUGGUUUAGAAAUACGCUCUGUGUUACACAACAAUUAACAACAAUAAAACUUUGUUUUACAACUCUA